AUGAAGUCUGCAGCUAUUGUCGCUACCCUCCUGGCUUCGGUCACCGUUGCUCAACCCCAUGGCCAUAACCGUCAUCACCAUGCGAAGCGAGACUUGUUCACGGAAUGGGAGACCGUUUGGGAGACAGCUACCGUCAUAAUUGAUGAUGAUUCCACCCAGACCCUUCCCCCCUCGCCGCCAGCAACCAGCACCGGUGCUCCGAUUCAGUUUUUCCAGGCGGAGUCUAGUACCAGUGCAGCCCCCGUAGAAACCCCCGAGGUCCCUGCUCCUGCGCCCCAGCCGACUACCACCAGCAGUGUCUACGAGGCUCCUCCAGCUCCUACCACCACAUCCACCCAGGCAGCCCCCACUCAGCAAACCACAACGUCGCCCGCCGCCCCCUCGAGUAGCACUUACGUUCCGGCCCCCGCAGCUUCCACUAGCAGCGCUUCUUCAGGCUCUAGCGCUGGGCUACCAGUUGGCAAGACAUUCUCGGGUGAUAUCACAUACUACAAUGCUGCGCUAGGAGCCUGUGGAUACCCCGACGUAGGCAAGGACGACACUGAGAACAUUGUGGCCAUUCCCAAGGGAUUCUGGGACAGCAUCAGCACGCUGACUUCUUAUGGCAUCAACCAACCCGCGCACCCCCUCUGCGACAAGACCAUCACCAUCACCUCGCCCAGUGGCAAGAAGACGACGGCGACGAUCCGCGACCGCUGUGAUGGCUGCGUCGGUGAUGCCAUUGAUGUUACCCCCCACGCCUUCCUCGACCUCUUCGGCUCUCUUGACGGCGGCCGCCUGGAGUGCACAUGGGAAAUCAACUAA